UUGUUCUUUAAGCACCUUAAAAUUAAUUCCUAGAUUUUGAUGAAUAUUCUUUAUACUAAUUGGAUUUGCUAGCCACUCAUGUUUUGAUAUUCAAGUAGCUCUUAGGCCCCCAAAAAUAUAUUAAAUCAAUCAGAUUUGGUAGAAUAAUGAAUAGACUAUAUUUCUGUCUUGGAACAUAUAUGUAUUACAUCCAGAAUGUCUUUAUUCCUCCAUGAAAUUAAUGCUCUGUUCCAAAGCUCUACGGGCCCGAUUCCGACUUAGGAAAUGAAGCCUUUCUUACACCACGACUUUCCUACGCACUUCUCAGUAGCUGGUAUUCAGACUUACCUUAUGAAGGUGUGCAACAGCCUUUGCAGGUGUGGUUCCUAAUACAUUUCAUUCAAGCACAUUAUAUUAGGGAGAAUAGUGUACAAUAGUAGGUUAUACCCUUAUCGAUUGCCUGCACUAACCAUUGAACUGUGAUACAGCCAAGUGUUCUGCCAUUUGUUGGGUUGAAACUGUUAUGGCUUGGUCUGCGCUAUGCUACAUAACGAUUUAAUUAGCCUACAUGUUAUAUAUACAGUUGAAGUGGAAGUUUACAUACACCUACAUACAUUUAAACUCAGUUUUUCACAAUUCCUGACAUUUAAUCAUAGUAAAAAUGCCCUGUCUUAGGUCAGUUAGGAUCACCACUUUAUUUUAAGAAUGUGAAAUGUCAGAAUAAGAGUAGAGAGAAUUAUUUCUUUCAGCUUUUAUUUCUUUCAUCACAUUACCAGUGCGUCAGAAGUUUACAUACACUCAAUUAGUACUUGGUAGCAUUGCCUUUAAAUUGUUUAACUUUGAUCAAAUGUUUCGGGUAGCCUUCCACAAGCUUCCCACAAUAAGUUGGGUGAAUUUUGGCCUAUUUCUCCUGAUAGAGCUGGUGUAACUGAGUCAGUUAUGUAAGGCCUCCUUGCUCGCACACUCUUUUUCAGUUCUGCCCACAAAUUGUCUAUAGGAUUGAGGUCAGGGCUUUUGAUGGCCACUCCAAUACCUUGACUUUGUUGUCCUUAAGCCAUUUUGCCACAACUUUGGAAGUAUGCUCGGGUUCAUUGUAUAAUUUGGAAGACCCAUUUGUGACCAAGCUUUAACUUCCUGACUGAUCUCAUGAGAUGUUGCUUCAAUAUAUCCACAUCAUUUUCCUCCCUCCUGAUGUCAUCUAUUUUGUGAAGUGCACCAGUCCCUCCUGCAGCAAAGCACCCCCACAACAUGAUGCUGCCACCCCUGUGCUGCACGGUUGGGAUGGGGUUAUUCGGCUUGCAAGCCUCCCCCUUUUUCCUCCAAGCAUAACAAUGGUCAUUAUGGCUAAACAGUUCCAUUUUUGUUUAAUCAGACCAGAGGAUAUUUCUCAAAAAAGUACAAUCUUUGUCCCCAUGUGCAGUUGCAAACCGUAGUCUGGCUUUUUUAUGGAGGUUUUGGAGCAGUGGCUUUUUCCUUGCUGAGCGGCCUUUCAGGUUACGUCAAUAUAGGACUCGUUUUACUGUGGAUAUAAUACUUUUGUACUUGUUUCCUCCAGCAUCUUCACAAGGUCCUUUGCUGUUGUUCUGGGAUUGAUUUGCACUUUUCACACCAAAGUACGUUUAUCUCUAGGAGACAGAACGCGUCUCCUUCCUGAGCGGUAUGACGGCUGCGUGGUCCCAUGGUUUAUACUUGCGCACUAUUGUUUGUACAGAUGAACGUGGUACCUUCAGGCGUUUGGAAAUUGCUCCCAAGGAUGAAGCAGACUAGUGGAGAUCUACAAUUUUUUUUCUGAGGUCUUGGCUGAUUUUUUUUGACUUUCCCAUGAUGUCAAGCAAAGAGGCACUGAGUAUGAAGGUAGGCCUUGAAAUACAUCCACAGGUACACCUCCAGUUGACUCAAAUGAUGUCAAUUAGCCUAUCAGAAGCUUCUAAAGCCAUGACGUUUUCUGGAAUUUUCCAAGCUGUUUAAAGGCACAUUCAACUUAGUGUAUGUAAUCAUCUGACCCACUGGAAUUGUGAUACGUGAAAUAAGUGAAAUAAUCUGUAAACAAUUGUUGGAAAAAUGACUUGUGUCAUGCACAAAGUAGAUGUCCUAACUGACUUGCCAAUACUAUAGUUUGUUAACAAGACAUUUGUGUAGUGGUUGAAAAACGAGUUUUAAUGACUUGAACCAAAGUGUAGGUAAACUUCCGACUUCAACUGUAUGUAUACACACAAAAGUAUGUGGACACCCCUUCAAAUGAGUGGAUUCGGCUAUUUCAACCUCACCCGUUGCUGGCAGGUGUAUAAAAUCGAGCACACAGCCAUGCAAUCUCCAUAGACAAAUAUUAGCAAUAGAAUGGCCUUACUGAAGAGCUCAGUCACUUUCAACGUGGCAGCGUCAUAGGAUGCCACUUUUCCAACAAGUCAGUUUGUCAAAUUUCUGCCCUGCUAGAGCUGCCCCAGUCAUCUGUAAGUGCUGUUACUGUGAAGUGAAAACGCCCAGGAGCAACAACGGCUCAGCCGCGAAGUGGUAGGCCACACAAGCUCACAGAAUAGGACCGCUGAGUGCUGAAGCGUGUCACGCAUAAAAAUUGUCUUCUGUUGCAACACUCACCGAGUUCCAAACUGCUUCUGGAAGCAACUUCAGCACAAUAACUGUUCGUUGGGAGCUUCAUUAAAUAGGUUUCCAUGGCCGAGCAGCUGCACACAUGCCUAAGAUCACCAUGCACAAUGCCAAUCGUCGGCUGGAGUUGUGUAAAGCUCACCGCCAUUGGACUCUGGAGCAGUGGAAACGUGUUCUCUGGAGUGAUGAAUCAUGCUUCACCAUCUGGCAGUCCGACGGACGCAUCUGGGUUUGGCGGAUGCCAGGAGAACGUUACCUGCCCGAAUGCAUAGUGCCAACUGUAAAGUUUGGUGGUGGAGGAAUAAUGGUCUGGGGCUGUUUUUCAUGGUUCGAUCUAGGUCCCUUAGUUCCAGUGAAAUUAAAUCUUAACGCUAAAUCAUAUAUUGACAUUCUUGUCGAUUCUGUGCUUCCAGCUUUGGGGCAACAGUUUGGGGAAUGCCCUUUCCUGUUUCAGCAUGACAAUGCCACCGUGCACAAAGCGAGGUCCAUACAGAAAUGGUUUGUCAAGAUCGGUGUGGAAGAACUUGACUGGCUUGCACAGAACCGUGACCUCAACCUCAUCGAACACCUUUGGGAUGAAUUGGAACGCUGACUGCGAGUCAGUCCUAAUUGCCCAACAUCAGUGUCUGACCUCACUAAUGCUCUUGUGGCUGAAGGAAAGCAAGUCUCCGUAGCAAUGUUCCAACAUCAAGUGGAAAGCCUUUUCAGAAGAGUGGAAGCUGUUUGUUAUAUCAGCAAAGGGGGGACCAACUCCAUAUUUAUGCCCAUGAUUUUAGAAUUAAAUGUUCAAUGAGCAGGUGUCCACAUGCUUUUGGUCAUGUAGUGUAUAUAAUCAACUGUUACUAAUGAUCCUCAGCAACAACCACAUGGUCAUGACGGCAUUUACAGAGGAAGCAAAUUAAGGUAAACGAAACAAUAUCAUUAAAUUGAAUGAUAAUGUAGGUUAUACCAACUGAAGGGAACUAACAGUAAAUUGGCAAUUGAAUAUGUGUUAUUAGGCCUACUGACGAUCGAUACUAAUAGUGGCUGAUAUUUAACAUGAUAGAAGUAGGAAACUGAGAAAGAUGGGGUAGCCUAUAUUUAAGACAUUUGAGUGAUCAUCCCUGCAAGUCAAAGUCCGUACAAUUUAAAUUCUGCAUAAUUGCACAGCAUUUUAUAAACUUUACAGUAGGACAGUUGAUAUGCAUCAGUUUGCUGCCAUAUGACUGGUUUUACAUUUGUCUCUAGCGACUAUAAGGUAAAAUAUAUCUAAACCGAGCGUCAUUUAUAUUUACAAUUCCCUUAUCCAAACGGAUUACUCAUUUACCUAGCUCUUAAGUUGUAAAUUACAGUCCAAUGUUAUUUCUAAUAAAAAAUUAAGUGGAUGCUUUUUCCAAUUGAAACCUGUAGGUUUGCUAGACCUUAUUCAUGGUUUCCUCAUGUGUAAAAGUGGUGGAAUUAAGUUAAGGUCAGAAUACAGCGUAUCUGUUGACACACCUCCGCCACACCUUCAUUUAUUCAAUCUCCACCCAAAACAAAUAGCAGGUGAAUAGAAUACUAUUCUCAUGCUUAAAUUAAAGGUCAGAAUACGCAUAGAGAGAGGUGCAUAGAAAGGGAAUUAUGUUCCAUUUACACGUGCUUAACUUGGGUUGGAAUCGGGCCCUUGGUGAACAAAUAGGCUGGAUACCUUAGCUGUGUCUUCUAUGUCAUGGGAAUCUCCAGGGUAUUCCGAGCUCUAGAAUUCCAGCUGAAAGUCCAUAGGAUAUGCUUCCAUAAGAUAUCAGGUUUGUUACAAUACAUGCAUCAUUGAAAUAGUCCUGGGCCUAUUCCACUUCACUGGGAAACAUCAUUUUUAUGUCUGGAUGACAAUUUCAAAAAUGUUCUCUUUCCACAGAGUUGUCGAAAUGGAUAUAUUAUGACACAUUCUUCCUAUGUCCUGCUGGUUAAUGAGGAAGCGCCAGGUUUCGAUUGGACCAAGAUGAGGACAAGUUCCUAUAAGGAGGAAAACUCUGUCUAUGGCAUCGGGACGACUAAGGUGUUACCCAAGACUGUGCUGAUCCAGCUCUUGUGGUCCUGUCAUCACAGGAUGAAAAAAGAUGUCUGUGAAAGAUGCAGGUUUUUUGAAGGACCUAAUAUCCAUCUGUUGGGAAGGUUGAAACUUUCACUGAAUCAUUCAGAUGUAAUCUAAUGAUCAGCAGCCGACCUGUGACCCCGAGGAAGAUGCCAUGGAUGUGGGGAUGCACACCUUCAACCACACCCAUAUGAGAAAGGCAUUUCAGCUGAUGAAUGACAUGAGGUGUAAGAAUAUGCUGUGCGACGUUCUGUUGGUGGCGGGAAAUGUAGAGGUGACAGCUCACAAGUUGGUGCUAGCCUCCUGCAGCCCCUACUUCUGUGCCAUGUUCACAGGUAUUAGCCUUCCUACAGUUCGUGGGGACAUGAGUGAGAGCAAAGCCCAGCAGGUGGAGAUCAGGGAUGUGGAUGGCCAAACACUAAAAAAACUGGUGGACUAUAUCUAUACAGCUAUAAUUGAAGUAACGGAGGACAACGUUCAGGUGCUCCUGCCUGCAGCCAGCCUCCUGCAGCUGAUGGACGUGAGGCAGGUGUGCUGCGAGUUCCUGCAGAGCCAGCUGCACCCCACCAACUGUCUGGGCAUUCGAGCCUUCGCCGACCUCCACACCUGCACACAGCUCCUCAACCAGUCCCAUGCCUACUCUGAGCAGCAUUUUUCCGAGGUGAUGCUGGGAGAGGAGUUCAUGGGCCUGUCUCUGCAGCAUGUGUGCGGUCUCAUAUCCAGCGACAAACUCACCGUGUCCACAGAGGAGAAGGUAUUUGAGGCCAUUGUUGCAUGGAUAAAGCACGACAAGGAGGCUCGUCUGGAGCACAUGCCAAAGCUGAUGGAGCACGUUCGUCUGCCACUACUGUCCAGAGAUUACCUAGUACAGAUAGUGGAGAAGGAGGCCAUGAUCAAGAACAACAACUCCUGUAAGGACUUCCUGAUCGAGGCCAUGAAGUACCACCUCCUACCCGCUGACCAACGUCACCUCAUCAAGACCGACCGGACACGCCCACGCACGCCUAUCAGCCUGCCCAAGGUGAUGAUAGUGGUGGGUGGGCAGGCUCCUAAGGCCAUCCGUAGUGUGGAGUGCUAUGACUUCCAGGAGGACCGCUGGUACCAGGUGGCUGACCUGCCGUCCAGACGCUGUCGAGCAGGUGUGGUGUUCAUGGCAGGGAGGGUGUACGCUGUGGGAGGCUUCAACGGCUCGUUGCGAGUCAGGACGGUGGACAUGUACGACGGGAUGAGAGACCAGUGGACCACAGUUCCCAGCAUGCAAGAGCGGCGCAGCACUCUGGGGGCAGCCGUGUUGGGGGACCUGCUCUACGCUGUGGGGGGUUUCGACGGGAGCACAGGCCUGUCGUCAGUGGAGGCCUACAGCUAUAAGACCAACGAGUGGAUGUUUGUUGCUCCCAUGAACACGAGACGCAGUAGUGUCGGAGUGGGAGGGGUGGACGGGAAGCUGUAUGCGGUGGGUGGCUACGACGGGGCGUCACGGCAGUGUCUCAGCACGGUGGAGGAGUACAACCCAGUCAGUAACCAGUGGGGCUACAUGGCUGACAUGAGCACCAGACGCAGCGGAGCAGGUGUUGGGGUGCUAAGUGGGCAGCUGUAUGCAGCAGGGGGUCAUGAUGGGCCCCUGGUGAGGAAGAGUGUGGAGGUGUACGACCCACCUAGUAACACCUGGAGACAGGUGUGUGACAUGAACAUGUGUCGGAGGAACGCUGGUGUGUGUGCUAUAAACGGACUGCUGUAUGUGAUUGGAGGAGACGACGGCUCGUGUAACCUCUCCUCAGUGGAGUAUUACAACCCUGCCACAGACAAGUGGAGCCUCAUCCCCACCAACAUGAGCAACGGCCGAAGCUAUGCAGGUCCCGACGGCAGCAGGACCCCACAGCAACAGGUAGCAAUCAAAGGAAGCCACACAGACGUCUGAUUUCACAGUCAACUCCAUGGAGUAACACUAGCUUGACGGGUGGCUCAGGAGGGAGGGAGACCCCAGCCCGGACAGUGCUCUGCAGAGCUGCUGUCUCAGCCCUGUAACUCUAACUGCAUUCCUUCCAGGCAGAGUGGACCUGAGAGAGACAUUGGCUUCCAUGGUCAAAAUGACCCCAAGACUCAACAAAUCUGCCUGGAUCAGAGUGUCUUAAGACUGGAGGGAGCCUGUUUUCCUACAGCCUCACAGGGGGCCAUUUAGCUACAUUAGUAUAAGGAGGGCCUCACUCCCCUCAGACUCCUUACAACUGAUCAGAGGGGGAAAUACACUGGCCUUGUUUUGAGGGAUUGAUUAAAUGAGCUAUGACCAAGAAGAAGGUUGUUGAUUGGCCUGGGAAACUAGACUGCGGUCAGUCUGCGGUGUGGGACUGUGACUGUGCAGACACACAUUGUGCUAACACGGGCCUCUCAAACCAACAAUGAGCUCUGGCAGUGUUGUAGUACUUGAGUCUGACUCAAGUCACGAUUUUCAUGACUUGUGAUUCGGACUCGGACUCGCCUUCUGGUGACUUGUAUUUGCACUUGGACUGGAUAGGCUACUAUAAUAAGGAGAAUAUUAGCAGCACUGGGUGCGCAGAGCAUCAAGGGUUCUGUUCUCUAGCAGUAGGAAGGACGCGCCACACACAGCCUACAUCAGCUGGUGAGCUGCGGGGGAGCAAGACCGGAAGGCAGGCUACGCCUCCAAUCAUUGGCUGCUACACAUCGCGCAAGCAACUUUCUUGCUUCCCCGUAACCAUCAGUCACUAGCUUACUAUUUAGCUUUGCCUGGUUAAGAAACACAAACUGGUUCAUGAAAUGUAAAACAGAACUAGUGUUGAGUUUAAUAGUAAACAACAUUGUAGCUAUUUGUCUCUCUCUACCCUGAGGAUAGAGAAGUAAGCUGUCUUUGAAUUUGUCGUCUCGCUCUAGCCGCCCACUUUCCCCCCUGCAUCCCAUCGCCAGGGAUGUAUUCAUUACGGAAACUGUUUACUGUUUAAGAACCAGGGGUGUAUUCAUUACGGAAACCAUCUACCGUUUAAGAACCAAACGGAGAAAACGAAACGGGGAGGGAACUACCUGAAUUUGUCCAAUAGAAACUCUUGUUUGCGCUUUCCGUUUGGAGUAAAUAAUUUGGAAAAGUUUUGCAACAGAAUCGGUUUAAUGGUUAUACCCCUGGUUCUGACAAGUCUCCCUUUAGUUUUUAUUCUGCAAUAAAAAACCUACUCAAAUAUCAGUGGGCAGUAGCUGAUAGCCUGACUUAAUUUUUGUAGUAAAUAAGUAGUGAAACACAGGUAUAGAUUAGAACUUGUGAGGUAGUGAUGAUUAGUUAGUGAGUUGGUUUUUUUUCAUGAGGGAGUGGUGAUAUACUGCCAUCUGGUGGCAACUAGAAACAAUUGCUUAAUAAGACCUAUUAUAUAUUGAUGGAUUAGUGACUUGACUCAUGACUUGGACUCGACUCGGACUUCAGCCAUAGGGACUCGUGACUUGACUCGGACUCGAGCACAGGGGACUUGGGACUCGAGGUUUAGUGACUGGACUACUGAUGUAGAAAUGCACUGAUGAUCAGGUCAGUCUCUCUGUUCUCUAUUGGAGACCUAUGGACUGCAGGACUGCGGCACUAUGGUCACUACCAAGGUGAAACCAACAGGCUUUCACUGUCUGCAGCCUGAUUGGGCCCUCCCUUUUUAAUACCACCUGUACUACUGGUCUGAAGAACUCAGCAGGUAGACUGGAGGACCAACCUGGACCAGCAUUCACCAGGAGCCACAUGCCUCAAGUACAAUUUCCAAUUUUAAAUCGAUAUUGUAUUUUUUGGGAUAUUGGAAUUGGCUGCAAUGGGGCACCAUGUUAAUGUAGUGUUUUAAAUGCACUGUAAAGACAACUGCAAAGUGAUAACCAAGAUGCACUCAGUCUUGACUUGGCGCACUCUAUGUGCCAUACUGUUUUCAUAAUGUGUCUGGGGGUUUGUUCACAAACCUUGUCUCUCUCUGAAGGAGAUGUGCCAAAUUGAUGCAAAAACAACGUUAGACAAUGAACACCGUGUCUAAGAAUGAAUGCAUUAUCACCUUUUUGUUUUGUAUUAAGCUAAUUUACUGUAACAUGAGCAAAAGACUACUGUACAACUUCUGGAUCAGGGCCAAUAAUUCUGGUUAACAUUAUUUCAAGCUCAGAACAUCUUUUACCCCUGUUGGGUUAAAUUCCAUUUCAACUCUCAUCAAUUCAAGAAGCGAACAGAAGUUCAAUUCAUUAAUUUAAAAAUCCUCUUUGGAAAUAUAAUUAAGCCACGAUUAAAUGUUCUCUUUUUGAAUAAUAAUGAAUCUCUUGACUUGAAAUGGAAUUGACCCCUACUGUCUUUUUCUACGCCUAGCCUAUACUGUAAUUUUUUCCCACUGAGAUUUUGGUAUUUUAAAUUAUUCUAUAUACUGCACCAUCUGUAGGUUUACUAUGGUUAUGGUUAGCCACCCCAGAGCAAUGUUGAAAUAUGCAGGACAUAGGCAACUUGUAUAAUGUUAAGUAUAUUAAAUAUUUUAUCAAGGUCAGUGAAAUAUUUUCUAAGGUUCAUUGUGGAUAUUAAAUGAUAGUACCACCUUUAGAAUUCUCUUGAGCAUCAGUCCUCUGUUCAGGGAGUGGUUCCAUUUGGGUACAUGGUUACGGUGGUUCCAUUUGGGUACAUGGUUACGAUGGUUCCAUUUGGGUACAUGGUGUCGUGGUAAUUUCCUGUAUUACUCAAUAGAGAGAGAGAGAGAAAGCCAACCACACACAAGUCAGAGUUAAAUUAUAUAUUCCAUCUUUAAUAUAUAUAUAUACAAGCUUCACCAAAGCCCUUUAAUGACUCUCAGAUCAAUUCAGUGUCUAUAAAUGAAUUCUCUGAGAGUGCUUACAAAACAAUUCUUAGUUUCAUUUAUAGCCAAGAUACACCCCUCUCAACUUACAAAGAAUCCUUUACCCGAAAGAGGAGUAUCCUAUCGCUAGACAGCAUCAGCUAUAAAUCAUUGUUCAGUUUGAUCUCCCAAGACAAGGUUUAAAUCUCAUGCUUGAUACUUCCCUGUCUACCAAAACAUUACCUCAUCCAAUGCCAUAUAUCAAUAGUCAUUUCUAGAUACUCCCAAACCUGGACAAACUCAAAAUCAGACAGUGAGCCCCUUAGGUCAAAUACUAGGUCAAGAUAAGGGCAACCUCAGAGGGGACAUACAAUGGUUCCAAACACAGCCAAACUCCUUCCCCCUAUGAGAAAAGUAGGGAGUGACUGGCGUACAGACAUUGUAUGAGAUAACUAACUGGUUUCCCAAUUAAUAACUCCAUCCCAUGGUUUAGGAAUAGUUACAAACAACGUUCCCAUAAGAAACCAACAUUCCACUCUGUCCUCCUCCCCUUCUGAUAUUCUACUUAGCACCACAUGGUUUAACAGAUACAUUGACUUAUGAAGACAAGCCUGACCUCUCCCCUCUCUGGCCCCAAGUUACCAAUCCCUAGCUCAGAAGAUUCUAAUGACAAGUAUCUCACAAGCAUAUGAUGAAAAUAACAUCUUAUCUAUCUAUGUUAUCUAGCUAAAUCUGAUUCUGCCACAACAAUGGUUACGGUGGUUCCAUUUGGGUACAUGAUUACGGUGGUUCCAUUUGGGUACAUGGUUACGGUGGUUCCAUUUGGGUACAUGGUUACGGUGGUUCCAUUUGGGUACAUGGUUACGGUGGUUCCAUUUGGGUACAUGGUUACGAUGGUUCCAUUUGGGUACAUGGUUACGGUGGUCCCAUUUGGGUACAUGGUUACGGUGGUUCCAUUAAUGUACAUGGUUACGAUGGUCCCAUUUGGGUACAUGGUUACGGUGGUUCCAUUAAUGUACAUGGUUACGAUGGUUCCAUGAGGAAACAUGGUUAUGGUGGUUCUAUUUGGAAGCAUGGUUAUUGUGGUUCUAUUUGGAAACAUGGUUAUUGUGGUUCUAUUUGGAAACAUGGUUAUUGUGGUUCUAUUUGGAAACAUGGUUAUUGUGGUUCUAUUUGGGUACAUGGUUGUGGUGGUUCUAUUUGGAAACAUGGUUAUUGUGGUUCUAUUUGGAAACAUGGUUAUUGUGGUUCUAUUUGGAAACAUGGUUAUUGUGGUUCUAUUUGGAAACAUGGUUGUGGUGGUUCUAGUUGGGUACAUGGUUGUGGUGGUUCUAUUUGGAAACAUGGUUAUUGUGGUUCUAUUUGGAAACAUGGUUAUUGUGGUUCUAUUUGGAAACAUGGUAAUGGUGGUUCUAUUUGGGUACAUGGUUGUGGUGGUUCUAUUUGAAAACAUGAUUAUGGUGGUUCUAUUUGGAAACAUGGUAAUGGUGGUUCCAUUUGGAAACAUGGUUACUGUGAUUCUAUGAGGAAACAUGGUUAUUGUGGUUCCAUUUUAAAACAUGGUUAUUGUGGUUCCAUUUGGAAACAUGGUUAUUGUGGUUCCAUUUGGAAACAUGGUUAUUGUGGUUCCAUUUUGAAACAUGGUUAUUGUGGUUCCAUUUGGAAACAUGGUUAUUGUGGUUCCAUUUGGAAACAUGGUUAUUGUGGUUCUAUUUGGAAACAUGGUAAUGGUGGUUCCAUUUGGAAACAUGGUUACUGUGAUUCUAUGAGGAAACAUGGUUAUUGUGGUUCCAUUUGGAAACAUGGUUAUUGUGGUUCUAUUUGGAAACAUGGUAAUGGUGGUUCCAUUUGGAAACAUGGUUACUGUGAUUCUAUGAGGAAACAUGGUUAUUGUGGUUCCAUUUGGAAACAUGGUUAUUGUGGUUCCAUUUGGAAACAUGGUUAUUGUGGUUCCAUUUGGAAACAUGGUUAUUGGGGUUCCAUUUGGAAACAUGGUUAUUGGGGUUCCAUUUGGAAACAUGGUUAUUGUGGUUCCAUUUGGAAACAUGGUUAUUGUGGUUCCAUUUGGAAACAUGGUUGUGGUGGUUCCAUUUGGAAACAUGGUUAUGGUGGUUCCAUUUGGGUACAUGGAUGUGGUGGUUCUAUGAGGAAACAUGGUUAUGGUGGUUCUAUGAGGAAACAUGGUUACUGUGAUUCUAUUUGGAAACAUGGUUAUGGUGGUUCUAUUUGGAAACAUGGUUAUGGUGGUUCUAUGAGGAAACAUGGUUACUGUGAUUCUAUUUGGAAACAUGGUUACUGUGGUUCCAUUUGGGUACAUGGUUAUGGUGGUUUCAUUUUAAUUUCUAGAACAUCUGCCUCUUGUCAUAGAACCAAGAUCCCCUCCAAAUUACCAUGAGCAGUUUUACUUUACACUUUCAAUGCUACUGAAACUAACCUGGCUUUUUAUUAACUUGGACUAUGCAGCUGACUAUGUGAGCCACCAUUGUAAGAUGUGGAUUGGUAGGAGAGGUGUGUGUGUGUGUGUGUGUGUGUGUGUGUGUGACUCAGACUGGGAGUGUAUGAGGAUGACAUCUGUAGUUGUCAGUGACUUUAUUAGUGAACGCCAUCAGCUCAGCAGCCAUGUUUGUGGCCUUGUACAUUACAUUUCAAGCCACUUGUCAUAUGGAAUGUAGGGCUACUUUCUGCAUUGGUGGGAAUAGUAAUACACCAUAUAUUUCUACUAGCUAUCUACAGCAUGUCACUGACAAUCCUAGACUGAGUAGGGUCACAGGGGGAAGAUCUCAAUUGCAUACUCCCUGUCCUCUUUCCUUGUCGCCUUCUCAAAACCCAUUGGAUGAGAAAACCAUAGGACCCUCCCCUCUGACCUUCUCAUCCAAUGGGAUUUGAGGACGCAAGGAGUAUGCAAUUGAGAUCUUCCCAGGGUCCCUCUGGAGAGGUGCAGACAGAGGUCAGAGCUGGACCACUCAGGGACCUGCACUGAGCCUGCAUAACAACACCAGCCUGGGUUUACAGACCAUGGGUAUGCAAAACCCUGUAUGGCCUUACUGUGUCCAUUCCACUCAACCUGUCCUCAUAUAUCUUCAGCUGCUUGGUUUAUGACCAAUAAAAAUGGCCUUGCAUUUUAAGUGGGGGAAGUGUGGCCUUGAAUCAUUGUCUAACAGUGCGGAACAUUAACACGAUACUGUAUGGGAUCUUUAGGAUUCAGUAGGGACUGUGUAUGGUGUUAAUCUUUAUAUACAGUACCAGUCAGAAGUUUGGACACACCUACUCAUUCCAGGGUUUUGCUUUAUUUUUACUAUUUUCUACAUUGUACAAUAAUAGUGAAGACAUCAAAACUAUGAAAUAACACAUGGAAUCAUGUAGUAGUCAGUGUUAAACAAUUCAAAAUAUAUUUUUUGAGAGCUUUCAAAGUAGCCACCCUUUGCCUUGAUGACAGCUUUGCACACUCUUGGCAUUCUCUCAACCAGCUUCAUGAGGAAUGCUUUUCCAACAGUCUUGAUGGAGUUCCCUGCUUUCCCUUCACUCUGCGGUCCAACUCAUCCCAAACCAUCUCAAUUGGGUAGAGGUUGGGUGAUUGUGGAGGCCAGGUCAUCUGAUGCAGCACUCCAUCACUCUAAUUCUUGGUCAAACAGCUCUUACACAGCCUGGAGGUGUGUUGGGUCAUUGUCCUGUUGAAAAACAAAUGAUAGUCCCACUAAGCCCAAACCAGAUGGGAUGGUGUAUCGCUGCAGAAUGCUGUGGUAGCCAUGCCGUUUAAGUGUGCUUUGAAUUCUAAGUAAAUCAGUGUCACCAGCACAGCAAACUGAAAAAGUGUGUGCGAGCAAGGAGACCUACAUACCUGACUCAGUUACACCAGCCCUGUCAGGAGGAAUAGGCCAAAAUUCACCCAACUUAUUGUGGGAAGCUUGUGGAAGGCUACCCGAAACGUUUGACCCAAGUUAAACAAUUUAAAGGCAAUGCUACCAAAUACUAUUUGAGUGUAGUGCAUGUAAACUUCUGACCCACUGGGAAUGUGAUGAAAGAAAUAAAAGCUGAAAUAAAUAAUUCUCUCGACUAUUAUUCUGACAUUUCACAUUCUUAAAAUUAAGAGGUGAUCCUAAAUGACCUAAAACAGGGAAAUCUUACUCGAAGUAGAUGUCAGGAAUUGUGAAAAACUGAGUUUAAAUGUAUUUGGCUAAGGUGUAUGGAAACCUCCGACAUCAACUGUUUAUAUGGAUAUAUAUUUUUUUACAUAGAUGUGGUGUCUGUCUUUUUGUGAAAUAUUCUAUAAUUCGACAAUGAUAUAUUACCAUGAUAAGAGUAUAGCACACUAGCAAGUUGCAAUAUCAAAGCUGGGAUUCAAUCCCAUUGCCGAUUUAGACAAUGCACUCUUUCCGAUUGAGCCAACAUAUGCAGCGUUAACUGUGAAUGUGGUCUCUGCGAACAUUGCCUGCAGAAACAUUGCCUUUAAAACUUGCAUUGCGUGGCCUAAGGUUGUGUGUUCCAGUCCCGCAGGGAUCCUAUGUACACUGAACAAAAAUAUAAACGCAACAUGUAAAGUGUUGGCCCCAUGUUUCAUGAGAUUAAAUAAAAAAUCCCAGAAAUUAUCCAUAUGAACAAAAAGCUAAUUUCUCAUUUUGUUUACAUCCCUGUUAGUUGGCAUUUCUCAUUUGCCAAGAUAAUCCAUCCACCUGACGUGUGGCAUAUCAAGAGGCUGAUUAAAUAGCAUGAUCAUAAUACAGGUGCACCUUGUGCUGGGGACUAAAGGCCACUUUAAAAUGUGCAGUUUUGUCACACAACACAAGGCCACAGAUGUCUUAAGUUUUGAGGGAGCACGCAAUUGGCAUGCUGGCUGCAGGAAUGUCCACCAGAGCUGUUGCCAGAGAAUUGGUGUGCUGAGGAGUACUUCUGCCUUUAAUAAAGCCCUUUUGUGGGGAAAACUCAUUCUGAUUAGCUGGGCCCAGCUGCCAGGUGGGUGGGCCUAUGCCCUCCCAAGCACACCUAAGGCUGGACCCCUGCCCAGUCAUGUGAAAUCCAUAGAUCAGGGCACAAUGAAUGUAUUUCAAUUGACUGAUUUCCUUUUAUGAACUGUAAGUAAAAUCUUUGAAUUGGUUGAAUGUUGAGUU